AUGCAGGCUUUGUUGCUUCAGGCGUUGCUUGCUGGUACUAUUGGUUCGACCUACGCGAGGGUUUUUGAUAGCUUGAAUGAGCUUCCGCAGGAGAGAGAUUAUGAUUUUAUCGUUGUUGGAUCUGGUCCUGGAGGCGCUACCGUUGCCAGUAGACUGUCGGAGGACCCAGAGACAAAGGUCCUCCUUGUAGAAGCUGGCCCAAACAACGAAGGCGUUCUGCCCAUACAAAUCCCAGCAUACCAGGGCCGCAUCAACAGCACAUACAAUUGGAACUACGUCUCGGUCCCUCAGACUGGCCUUAACAACAAACGGGUUAUGUACUCCAGGGGACACGUCUUGGGUGGAAGCACUUCGAUCAACGGCAUGGUGUAUACCCGAGGCGCUGCCGACGAUUACAACCUCUGGGCCAGCGUGACUGGCGACCCGGGAUGGCGCUGGGAUAACUUGACACCCUACAUCUUCAGGCACGAGAAAUGGCAGGCCCCUCCAGGUGGUCGAGAAAUCUCCGGUCAAUACGACCCUGACGUUCACGGGUACGAUGGGAAUGUCGGUGUCAGCCUCGGCUGGAGCAGUCCCACAGAAUUCGACGAACGCUGUCUUCGAAACUCGGAGAUUCAGGAAGAAUUCCCGUUCAACUUGGAUUACAAUUCUGGAAGCCCUAUCGGUCUCGGAUGGCUUCCUUGGACCGUGGAUAAUGGCGAGAGAAGUAGCGCAGCUGUUGCGUACCUCAACGCGUCUGUCCGUGCGAGGCCGAAUUUGAGCAUUCUUCUGAACACCUACGCCCUUCGCGUUCAUCCUACUGGACCCGAGGAAGAGCUCGAUUUCCGAACCUUGGAGAUUGGGAUACGCUACACCAAACGCAUUACGGAGAACGUUACAGCUGCAAAUGAAGUCAUUCUGGCUGGGGGAGCGUUUGGAACACCUCAGAUCUUGCUGAACUCUGGAAUUGGGGACGCGGCUGAGUUGAAAGACGUCGGCGUUCGACCACUUCACCACCUACCUGACGUUGGAAAGAAGAUGACUGACCACAUCGUGUUCUUCGCUAACUGGGCUGCAAACGACAAUAGCUCUGCUCCACCGUUCCCGGGUGAUCCGUUGGAAGCCUGGAUGACGAACCGGACUGGCCCCCUCACCGAGCCUAAUUUGACCCACCAGAUCCUGUGGUCCCGCAUCCCAUCCAAUGCGUCCCUUUGGGAGCAGUACAAGGACCCUUCCCCUGGGCCUGAUGCUCCCCAUCUGGAGCUCAUUAUCCGAGGAGGUGCUGGAAGUGCCAGUGCAAUGAUUGCGCUCUUAUACCCGUAUUCCCAUGGCUCUGUAACGAUCAACACGACCGAUGCCUACCAAGACCCACUCAUCGAUUUGGGAUUCCUCACUGACCGCUUUGAUAUUGAGGCCAUGAAGGAAGGUGUCCGGCUUGCAAAGCGAUUCUUCAGUGGGCCAGCUUGGGAUGGUUACAUCGGCGCUUAUCGCGGUGCCGACCCAGACAACCACAGGGCGUUCGAACAGGCCUUCCGUAGUUCGGCCUUUGGAGUCUGGCAUCCUGUCGGGACGGCGGCUAUGUCAGCCAAAGGCGCAAAGGCGGGCGUUGUGGACCCUGAUUUGCGGGUGAAGGGCGUCAAGGGUCUGAGAAUUGUUGAUGCGUCUGUCAUUCCGUAUGUCCCUGCAGCGCAUACGCAAGCGCCCGUCUAUAUUCUCGCGGAACGAGCCGUGGAUCUUAUCAAAGCUGCUUGGAAUUUGUAAUCGUAGCGUUUUCGCUGUACUGUUCCCGAAGGACAACAAUACACUC